CUCAUUUGAAGACAACGAAGUGAAACUGUUAACAUGCCGUCUCAUAAAGUUCGUUUUCUUCUCCUGUUCCUCGUUUCAACGAUGAUUUUGCAACAAAUAACUGUCGUACGGGCAAGUGCUUGGGUAAAAAUGAAUCGUCGUUUGGUGUGCUUUGGGGCAAGGGGAAACCAAUAUGGCUCCUUCCAAAACUAUGCUAAAGAGGGUAAGGUCUCUGCCAUCAAACUUGUCUAUCACCACGGCUAUGUUCGCUGUGCUAGAAAGGCAGUAUACCACAGCCGAUGGGGAUGUGGAGGCCGUUUUAGGAACAUUGUCAAUGUGAUUGCAACAGAUGAACACAAUCGAAUUCUCUUUCCAAGAAAAGAUCUUUACUACUCAAAAUAUAAAUCAGGGCUCUGGUACACCCUUCCAUUUGCUGACGGAGUGAGAAGCAAAGAACUUGUGUUUUUGCAAGAAAAUUUUGUUCGCCCAUUCUAUUUCCCUCUCGAACGGCAGAUGAGGAUCUGGUACGGUGAAGAUCUCGCUAAUUCCAGCGAAAAGGAUAAUGCCGGUCGUGUAUGUGUAAACGUCUACGCAAAAUUCACUACUCUCUGAGAUUAAGUGACAAAUUACCCAGGUACCAAUGGAGCAUACGAGGAGUCGAUUAUUAAGUUAAAAUUACGAGAUAAUUAAUGAUA